AGCUUUUUCUCACGUGUGUGAUGCGUUCAGAGUUCCCACGUUUUGCUACAAUCUUUCGCUGAAUGUCAACACGGAGGAAAAUCACGGAAAACUUUAAGGUUUGGUGUAAUCAUUUUUCUCUUUAGCAAUGUUUUUACCAUUCUAAUGAAUGCAGAAAAGAAUUUAGUUUGAGUAGAAAUCGGGUGCGUCAUUGCAAAAGCUGAUUGUUGAUGAUAUGGCUGUUUUGACGUUUGAAGAAAUUAAGGUGGGAAAAUCCGAAAUUCACUACCUUUUCUGAUCCUUUUUCUUUCACGUUUCGGUUUUUUUUUAACAGUUCUUUCAUUUUUCGGGAGUUGGAAAAGAGUCUACUUAUUUGAAAAGGAAUUAUAACGAGCAUUCCAUGCUAAAAAUACUGUAAAGGCCACUUGGUUAAAAUAGUCUCUUCACUUCGUGCGAGUUCAAAGGAUCAUUUUUAACUGUUUCCAAAGUUAUUGGGGGUUGAAAGUUACUGACAAGCGAUGUUUCUGUGGUUAGGUUUUUCGAGAUCGGAGGAGAAAAUAAGAUAAACUUGCACUUUACUUUUUAGACUAAGCUUAUUUACUAAAAGAGAAAACGUAGGUGUUUGUUAGUAUAAUCUCGGAUACGAUGUGGGAUUUUUUGGUCUAUUUUGUGAAACUUCCUUUUUUUAAUGUUGUUUUUGUCGGUUGUUGUUACAGAAUGGACGAUGAGUUUAAAGAUGUGUUCAAAGAAGCUGUUUUAAAAGAAGAGGAGACCAUGGAAUUUAAAGACAGAGAAGAUCUUGUCAAACCGCAGAAAAGAGCCAAAAUUGAUGAGCACAGCUCAAGUGAAAGUUUUGUUUGCGUUCAGCAACAGACCCAGCAAGUUGAAGAUCAGUGCUAUCCUGCUACACCAGACGUUCGGAAUACAUUAGAUGCAAAGCUAGCAAGUAUCUUUCCCACCCAGUUUCCUGGAUAUUUUCAGAACAUGGGUCAUCCAUUAAAAUCUGCUGCUCAUUGUGUUCAAGGUGCCAUGCAGUCAGUGGUAGAUGAUUCUAAAGGACUGUUGCAAAGUAGGGAGGUUAAUGGUGGAUACAGAAAACUAUCCACUGCUCAACCUUUUAGCUCACAGGUAAAAAAACGUAUGGAGUUCUUUGAGGGUGAAGCUUUAAUUUUUAACAAAAUCUCCAAGGGUGAACAAGUAAAAAUCACCCUUUCACGAAAUUUUUCAGGGGUAAACCCAUAUUUUUUGGAGCCAGACCCAUAUUCUAUAGAUUUCUUAAGGGGUGAAUGUAAUUUUGUGGAAUUCUUCAUGUUAGAGGCCUCAACUAAGAUGGUAUGGGUAUUACUAAUUGCAAUAGCCAAAUAAAUAGUGUUGCCUGUUGUAGCCCCUAUAAACAACAGUCUGGUGUGGCAACUAACCAAUAAAAUAAUAAAUUUCCGUCUCUUUCCUGUGUUAUUUUACUAACAGCAACAGUAGGGAGAAAUUAUGGUCAUAUUCAGGUUACCUUUCUAUAUGAUUUGUGUGCUGGUUGAUAUGACAGGAAGGUUUUUGAUGUUUGGCAAUUGUAUGCUUCAAAGUACUGGGGCAAUCAAAGUCACGGGUAUUAAGGCCCAGACAUGGUGCAAGUAUUUCUCACAGUGGUUAAGUUGUAUUUUUAGCGUGCCUCACUCCUGAUGUUACCAUGUACAAUAUUGCAGCAGUUUGUUCUCCUUGUACCUCUGCAACAUUGAAUGUAAUACAUAUAUCAAUUUUGGUGGGGGGGGAACUCCGCAUAUGAGAGGGGUGGGGAUGCUCAUCGGAAAUUUUGAAUUAAACCCCUAAAGGAGACCAAUCUGGGCGUGGCCCAAGCUUUUUUGACCCCUAAAAGAGACCAUGUUAAAACACAGACAAUGUAAUAUUUUUAUAUUUUUUCACGUGCAACCCUACACAAGAUCGUCACGGCUAAAUAUGAUGGCGUUUUGCCCAGAACACCCUAAGUGAGACCAAAAUCUGAAAUUUACACCCCUAAGCGAGACGACGAGCAUCCCCACCCCUUUCAUUAUCAUUUUUUUAAUUGCAUACCUGCAAUCUAUAACAUUAAACACAAAUAUAGCAUUACAACCUUUAGCCUUCAGCCAAUCACAUAAUUUUCACAUUUAGUAAAAUUAUUAAUUGUUAAUUAACCAAAACAUCACUGUUCAUUGGGAAAUGUUGAACCUUAGUAGGUUGUAACACGUAACUCCAUCAAGACAUAGUGCAACUUGUUGUGCGGAAUUCAAGCAUUGUUAACGCUGCACCAUGUAUCCUUGCUGAUUUUUUGUCUUUGGUCAUGAAAUAACUUUGAAGUAUACUGCUUUGUGUUGCAGUCAAUAAACAGAGGCCAGAUGCAGAUGUGUUUGUCAACUGCGGUAGCAUCAUACAAUAUUGGGAGUCGAGUUGCCAAUCCUUGGCAUCUUCCUUAUAUCAAUGAAAAUGUUAGAGUGACUAUGCCCUUUACCUCUACACAAACACGGAGUGAGAACCAAUUUUUGUCAGUAACAGCAAGUGAUUCUGGCCAUAAUAUCCCUACUUCACUGUCUACAUGUACAUCAUCAGUGAAUAGUCACCUGAGACUUCCUGAACAUUAUCACACAUCAUCCUACUCUACAACAGUGCCAGAACUGCAACCAAGAAACAUGUCCAGCGCAACUCUUCUUCCUAGACGUGCAACACAACCUCUAGCGAGGGCUCCUGUUAUCACAGAUACCUCACUGGGAGUACUUGAGACAUUUUCACAGGAAGCCCAACCCAGGAGCACCCAUAAUUCCACUGUUCAAUUUAAACAUUCCUAUUGCAGGGAAUGGAUUGGACAAUCCAGAAGUAAUGUGGUUACUCAUUUUGAUCAAGAGGUUCCAGUCGUGAAGGAAAGUGACUCUGGACAUGCUGAUAACCAAACAGAAGUUACAGCCAUCCCAGAGUUUCAAACUGGAAGAGUUGAUGCCAAGAAGUUUCCUCCUCGUUAUUAUGAACUGAGCUCUCUUGAAAUAGGAACAUGGAAGGUUAGUUGCUUAAUUUCUUAUCAAAAUACCGUAAAAUUCCGAAAAUAAGCCCCGGGGCUUAUAUUUUUCAAAGGCCCUUUUUGAGGGGCUUAUUUUUAGAGGGGCUUAUAUUCGGAGGGGCUUAUCAAUAGAGGGAAAUUUGCGUUUCAAAAUCGAUUGGGCUAGCCUUAAAAUUUACCAUUUUUGCUUUGUGUUACUUUGUAUUUGAGGGCAAUUUCCUAGUACAAGCCCCCGGGGGCUUAUAUUUGGAGGGGCGAUUUAACAGAGGGUUUUUUGCGUUACGAGUUUGGGGGGCUUAUAUUUGGAGGGGCAUUUGAGUAUUUGAGUAUUUUCACACAAGGAAAGCUGACAUUCACACACAGUUGAAUAUUGUUUAAAUUCUUCCGAAAUGUGUACUUCUCAUCUAAACGAGGAAACAUGUAUUAACUUUUUGAAAUCACAAAGGCUUUAAUAAAUUGAUUGCAUGAAGCCAUACUAAAGCCUCAGAAAAGAGCGAAAAAAUUUUGCAACACCACCAAAGGUUCCCCCCGAAAUGAUAUCUGAGGAAUGACUGGAGAAAUUCCGUUACUGAUGACGUGUCUCUGUCCUGAUCUGGGUAGUGCUUCUGAUUGGUUGUGCCACAAGGGAAAUUUGCUCCAACCGAUCAGAAACACUACCCAGGCCUGAGUAGUGACACGCCGUCAGUACGGAAUUUCUACACUCAUUUUUCAGGUGGCAUUUUGAGGGGAAACAAGUGGUGGUGCUGCAAAAGGUCAGCUUUUUUUAGUGUUUUCUCAGGCUACCAAUAUACUAUUAAAUAACCAUAAUGAGGGUUGAAGCUCCUUAAAAGGUUCUGAGACAGACAACUGUGUUAAUUUUCACGGGAAGAAAAGUGGGUGAACAACAAGGAUAGCUGAUGUUUGUUGUACCUCCAGUGAUUUUAAAGAAGUCAUUAAUGUAGAAGUCGAGCUUAAAAUUAGCAGAAACAAGAACUACAGCUAGCAAUGGAGAAUCAUUCUUCCUCCCUGACCUACUGCUGUAUAUAAAAAUAUAAUGGCCUUGUUUUUAUGUGCCUAGAGGCCCCUGGCGCCUUACCUUUGCUCUUGGGCAACUAAGAAAUCUUAGCUUUUGCAUAGAAAUUGUGUGCUGGGCACCCUGGAUUUCACUGCUUCAGAGCUUCAGACUCUUUAGAAUAAUUAUUUAUCUCAGAGCACAGCCUUGUUUUAUGUAUUAAACCAGGAGGGUCAAAAGACUGUCUGUGAGCUAUAUGCCCAGUUUAAUUUUGGUCCUGUUUGGGGUUUUAAUCAAAUAGUAUUUUUCUGCUGAAUAUCUCCUUCAGAAUAAUUCCCUUGAUCUAUUACUUUUUAGUAUCAGCGCAGGAGUCAAGCUGUGUCAAGGCUCAAAGUCAUAUUCAGUCAGAGGUAGGAUUAUUAGCCCAUAGUGCCUGUUCUUCAAGCGAAGCCCUGUGUAAAGAUGUAGUGCUAUCAUAUUAGUGCCAUCCAAAGGAGAGAACAUGCUCACAUUAGACUGUCAGUCUAGCAAACUGCCUACAUGCUCUCAUGAAUGCAUUAUAGUCUGGUACUCCUGAUCUGUCAGGGUAAAAUUCUGACAAGCAACAUGGCUCUGAAACAUCGACAUAGGACAGCUACAAUGGCAACAAAUGACACAAGGAUGGGUAAACCCUUUAAACCCUAACAUCAAAAUUCAAAUUCUCAUUUGUUAUCCCAUGUGUUUUCAAUAUGAGGGCACGCAUUCCAGUUUUCUCAGAGAAUGUUGGUUUUCCUCGAAACGGACUUCAAAUUCAAUCUGGAAAGUGUGCAGUUGGGGACACAGAGGGACUCGGGUUUAUCAGUUUUGGAGCUUUGAAGUGUCAGUUAGCACUCACUAGUUGGGUUUUUGGUUCUUUCACCUCAGAAAUUAUAGCCAAGGAGAUUCCAUAAGAGAGGAGAUUAAAUAACAAAUAUGUGCCUUCAAUCAUAUUAGUAGUCAAUGUUUAGUUACCAUGAUUGAGAGGUGUAGAUUUGUCUCAAGCGUAAAUAAAUCCUUUAAAUAAGAUAAUAAAAUUAUUAAGAUUACACUGUAUUAUUGUGAUGUUGUAGGAAAUUUGUGUACGAGUUCCCAUUGCAUAGCAGUGAUGUCACUGCACAGGAAAACCAACCAAACUCAGAGAACAGCAAAUACAUGGCCUGUAUAGAAGUCCCUUUCAUGACAGUAGUUGGUAUAAACAUAACAAGAAUACUUCCAACUGAAGUCGUCAUAGAAGUCAACACUGUCCCCACCAUGUGGCUGGGAAAACAGAUAAUGCAGCACAGACCACGUGGAGUCGUUACCAAGCAUCAGUACAAUACGUUAAACUCGGUGGAUUUGACAAAUGGCCAGUUGACGAAUGUUCCAUAUCACAAGGUACGUUGACAUCAAAGGAAAUACCCUAUUUCCUUGAAGAAGUGCUAAUGCUCUAUUAAGUGCCCUCCCCCGAAUAAGUGCCCAUCCCCUUGGCCAAAAAAACAAACAAGGGCACCUCUCAAAUAAGUGCCUCUUCCCCUCCCCCCUGACUUUCUUUAAUAGAAGAGAUACAAGGAAAACUUGUUUCUAUUGCCACUUUAUUGAUACAGUAACUCUGUGAAACUGUUAAAUGGGAGUAUCGUGUACACUUGAUUGUCUUUAUUACCAAGAGGAGAAGUUAAUAAGCGCCUCCCAUGAUUAAGCGCCCUCCUUCCAAUGGGACAUUCCACUUUUUAUCCACACCCCCCAACGGAAGGCAUAAUUUAGUAAUAUGCAGAAGGACCCUGUCAGAAUCUCAUAUUUUUUACUACAAUACAAGGUUUCAGAAUUAGGAUUUUACCCACAAGGGCCUGUUAGAAUCUUGGAUUGUUCAGAUUACUAUGUACAGGACCCAUGGGAAUUGGGAGAGCUGGGACCUGUUGGUUUCACAAUGUGUGUGAUAAGGACCAGUCGGAAUCCUGCCCUCCAUACUGUGUGACGAGAUAAGGGACCUGUAGGAAUCACAUUAAAAGAUAAGGGCCUGUCGGAGUCGUACCUUCCAUGACAGGGGGGGGGGGGGGGGGGGGGGGGGGGGGGAGUGGGGGGGUGGUGGUGUUUGGGUGUACGAUGGGGUUAGGAAGGACCCGGCGGAGCUCCCCCCACCAUAUGGUGUGGAGAGAAAGGGGAGCUGGAGAGAAAAAAAAAAAAGAAGAGGGGCGGGGGGGGGGCUUCCUGACAGGAGGGGGGGGGGGGGGGGUUGGGGGGUGCUGCGGAUAAAAAAUGGAAUGUCCUAAUAAGGGCCCAUCCUUUAAGUGGAAAUUUUAAAUUAGCACCUGGUCAUUAUUUGAGAAAAUACAGUAAAUGAAUUGUAAAAAGAGUAAUAAUCUCCCCAAUAUUAAAGUAUAUGCUUAGCUUAAUUAAACACUUGAAAGAGCAUGUCUUCUAAGCUCCCAAACACUUGUGUUUGGCCAGAAGAGUUCAACAUACAUUUUUGUAUGAACUUGUCAUUGUGGUGUUUUAACCAUCAGGUAGAGUCAAACCUUUGUGUACGACUGCAUUUAAUCAGUGACCACCAAUCCAAAAUGCCAAAGUUUUUAAGCUAAAGUUGACCCAACCAACUUCUAGAUAAAUAGAGGUGUAAAAUGUUUAUUAAAUUAUUCUUCCAAGUAGAACACCUGGUGUCUCUUGUGGUCUUGUAUCACCACUGAUAUAGUUAGAUUCAAGGGGAAAUCUUGUUGCAUUCCAUGGAAAUUAGGCUUAAUUCAAACCUGAACAGUCUAUAGCGUUUGUUUUAUCAUUAUGAACUUAUAUUGAGUUUGAAGAAAAACAUAGAAACUAUAUACUGUGUAAAAUGUACCAGCCUUCUUAAAAAGUACAGUUGAACCUCAGCUAACGGCCACCUCUCUACAACGACCUAUUUUUUGGUCCCGGCGGACAAAAAAACCACACAUUUGACUCUUGUUUGAAACCUCUCUACAACGACCACUUCUUUACAACGGCCACUUUCUUCUGUCCCCAAGGUGGCCGUUGUAGUGAGGUUCAACUGUAUUCAAAAUGGUAACUGGUUCUUGUUUUUUGGAAUUUCAGUUAACAGUGUCUUCAGCAACUAUUGCGACUCAUCUCAUGAAAUUUGACCCCAAGUUUUCUGCUCUUUUGAGAAUCCCUGUGGUGAUCAACACCAAUAAGUCACUUCCAAAACCAAUCAAGGAAUUUCAGAUUUUCAGUUCUACAAAGCGAAAAAGGACACACAAAGGUCAGUAGAGACCGAUACAUGGACAUACAAUACAUUGACAUUGCAACAAUUGAAUACCUGCCUACUUUUUCUGAGACAAAUGCUUGAGAUUGUCACCUUGUCAUGACUAGGGUUUCCAAAAAUGUCUCAGUGACUUUUGAAGAUUUCUGAUGACUUUCCAAGGACUUCCGAAUGUUGCCAAAAAUGUCUGAAGAUGUUCUGACGACAUUUGAGCACUUCCAAAGCUUAAUUUAAAAGAUGACAAUUUUAGCAUGUUUUGAUUUGUUAGGACACAAAGUCAACCAUCAUUCAAUGCCUUUUUGGAUUUUUUUGUGGAAAAUUGAAUUGAAUUUUCAUUAUUCAUCAUGUGUUAAAGAACAAUGUGUCCAAAUUUGUGAGUCAGGCAUUAAAAAUUGUCCUUGAUGUGUGAGAUUGAUGUCUUUAGUCCUCAGGCAUGAGACUCAUGCAUAAUGCUUGAGAGUUGGCAGUUAUACUAUUGGUAAAAAAUGGAAUUUUUGACAUAAGGCUUGAUUUGCUUAAGUCCAAGAAUAAUGAUUCAAAGUCAGGGCUUUCUCAUGAUCAUCUGAGAACUAAAAGGGUUUAUCUGUCACCUGAGAGUGCCAAAUUUGUCACUUAUGUCCAGGAUCGAUCUUGUUAGCAAAAAUUUGCUAGCAAAUUGCUUUCGCAAUUGUCGCAAAAGAAAUAAUUGAGAAAAAAUUAUGUAAGAAAAUCACUUACAAAUAUCGCAAAAAUCGCAAAAAUAACAAAUCUAACAAGAAUCAAGGCUUAGAAAAAAAAGAAACCAAGAAGGACCCCGAAAUGUCCGCAAAUAUCGCAAAAGUAACAAGGAUUUUUCUUGCUAGCUGAAAACACCGGUGACAAACAUCGCAAAAAUCGCACAAAUAACAAAUCUAAAAAGAAUCAAGACUUGGAAACAGAAGAAGACAAGAAGGGCCCCGAAAUGUCCGCAAAUAUCGCAAAAAUCGCAAAAGUAACAAGGAUUUUUCAUGUUAGCGAAAAACACCCAUGACAAAUAUCGCAAAAAUCGCAAAAACCAAAAGUAAAAAAAUUCCAGGCUUAUAAAGAAAAGAAGCCAAGAAGGGCCCCGAAAUGUCCGCAAAUAUCGCAAAAAUCGCAAAAGUAACAAGGAUUUUUCAUGUUAACUAAAAACACCCAUGACAAAUAUCGCAAAAAUAACAAAUGUAACAAAAUUCCAGACUUACAAAGAAAAGAAGCCAAGAAGGGCCCCGAAAUGUCCGCAAAUAUCGCAAACAUCGCAAAAGUAACAAGGAUUUUUCAUGUUAGCGAAAAACGCCCAUGACAAAUAUCGCAAAAAUCGCAAAAACCAAAAGUAAAAAAAUUCCAGGCUUACAAAGAAAAGAAGCCAAGAAGGGCCCCGAAAUGUCCGCAAAUAUCGCAAAAAUCGCAAAAGUAACAAGGAUUUUUCAUGUUAGCUUAAAACACCCAUGACAAAUAUUGCAAAUAUCGCAAAAAUACCAAAUGUAACAAAAUUCCAGACUUACAAAGAAAAGAAGCCAAGAAGGGCCCCGAAAUGUCCGCAAAUAUCGCAAAAAUCGCAAAAGUAACAAGGAUUUUUCGUGUUAGCUAAAAACACCCAUGACAAAUAUUGCAAAUAUCGCAAAAAUACCAAAUGUAACAAAAUUCGAGACUUACAAAGAAAAGAAGCCAAGAAGGGCCCCGAAAUGUCCGCAAAAAUCGCAAAAGUAACAAGGAUUUUUCAUGCUAGCUGAAAACACCCAUGACAAAUAUCGCAAAUAUCGCAAAAAUAACAAAUGUAACAAAAUUCCAGACUUAGAAAAAGGAAGCUAAGAAGGGCCCCGAAAUGUCCCCAAAUAUCGCAGAAAUUGCAAAAGUAACAAGGAUUUUUCUUGCUAUGUGAAAAGAUUGAGCAAGAAAUAUGGCAAAAAUAGCAAGAAUAACAAAUUUAACGAAAUACUUCUCUUAGAAAGAGAAAAGGUCAAGAAGGGUUUCGAGAUGUCCGCAAAUUUCGCGAAACUCGCAAAAGUAAGAGGAAUUUUUCUUACUAUGUGAAAAGACUGAGCAACAAAUAUGGCAAAAAUUGCAAGAAUAACAAAUUUCACAAAAUUCUACCCUUGGAAAGAGGAAAGGUCAAGAAGGGCCUCGAGAUGUCCGCAAAUUUCGCAACGUUCUUGUCCAGUAAUUUUGUAAUGCUUUCCAUUUUCGCGAAAAUGAAAGCAUCAGUUACAAACGUGACACUAUUUAUAAUUACUGACAGUAGCAAAAUACUAUAAUAUCAAUCUGUGUAUGCUUCUUUCUUCCAUCAACAUACAGCUGCAAUGCAUAGAAAGGAGUGUCGCUCACAGAAGGGCAAUAAAAGCAAUAAAAAGGGGGUGGUUAAUUAUAUUGUAUGACUCUUUUUUACGAUCAUUUUCUCAGUACUCAGUUUAUUAUCUGUAUAACAAUAGAACCUCCUCUAUUCACGAAACACACCCUUGGGACCGAGACAAUAAACCCUUCUCCUCCACGCCUGCCAGCCCUAUUAAUAAAUCAGUAGCUUACAUAAAACAAAGAAAAAAUCAUUUAAAUCACACCUUAGCGGUAACUCGCUCUAUUUCAUUUCAAACAAUACCUGCAUAUAAACAAGCAUAUAAGCAUACAACCAUAUUGGGACAGCGCAUUUUACCUUUUGGCUGCGUACCGUGGUGGAAGGAAUUGGCUCUGACGAUGGCGACCAGCAAUGCAUAUGUCAACGGAAUUUUGAAUGUUAGAGAACAACUUCAAAAAUGCUGGGUGGCAGAUUUGGAUUGGAGUCUCUUACCCGAAAACGUAGGAAAGGUAAGGAAUGCAACAACACAUGCAGUGACAUAAAUUUCUAGAAAUUUGCCUUGCCACGACAAAUAAUUGAAAGUGACUUUCCAAUAGACGACCGCAUGGUCAGACCUUCCGAGACCAGAUCACCUAAUUUCAACAGUUACUUAUUUUGACUAACAGAAGCUCGUUUUAGGAAAACAAAGAAGAUUCAUACUACUUGACCAACAAUCGAAAAGGAUCAUAACACUAAAUGCCCAUGACAGAUGUAUUUCGAGAAUUGCGAUAUUUGUCUUGGGUGUUUUAAGCUCGCAAGAAAAAUUCUUGUUACUUUUGCGAUUUUUGCCAUAUUUGCGAACAUUUUGGACCCCUUCUUGGCUCUUUGCUUUCUAAGUCAGGAAUUUUGUUAAAUUUGUUAUUCUUGCGAUUUUUGCGAUAUUUGUCACGGGUGUUUUCAGCACGCAAGAAAAAACGUUGUUACUUUUGCGAUUUUUGCGAUAAUUGCGGACAUUUCGGGGCCCUUCUUGGCUUCUUUGCUUUCUAAGUCUAGAAUUUUGUUACAUUUGUUAUUUUUGCGAUUUCUGCGAUAUUUAUCACGGGUGUUUAAAGCUUGCUAGAAAAAUCCUCGUUACUUUUGCGAUUUUUGCGAUAUUUGCGGACAUUUCGGGGCCCUUCUUGGCUUUUUUGCUUUCUAAGUCAGGAAUUUUGUAACAUUUGUUAUUUUUGCGAUUUUUGCGAUAUUUGUCACGGGCGUUUUAAGCUAGCUAGAAAAAAACCUUGUUACUUUUGCGAUUUUUGCGAUAAUUGCGGACAUUUUGGGGCCCUUCUUGGUUUCUUUUCUUUCCAAGUCAGCAAUUUUGUUACAUUUGUUAUUUUUGCGAUUUUUGCGAUAUUUGUUACGGGCGUUUUAAGCUAGCUAGAAAAAACCUUGUUACUUUUGCGAUUUUUGCGAUAAUUGCGAAUAUUUUGGGGCCCUUCUUGGCUUCUUUUCUUUCUAAGUCAGGAAUUUUGUUAAAUUUGUUAUUUUUGCUUUACAUGUCACGAGUGUUUUCAGCUCGCAAGAAAAAACCUUGUUACUUUUGCGAUUUCUGCGAUAAUUGCGGACAUUUCGGGGCCCUUCUUGGCUUCUUUUCUUUCUAAGUCAGAAAUUUUGUUAAAUUUGUUAUUUUUGCGAUUUUUGCGAUAUUUGUCACGGGUUUUUUCAGCACGCAAGAAAAAAUCUUGUUACUUUUGCGAUUUUUUCGAUAAUUGCAGACAUGUUUGAGCCCUUCUUGGCCUCUUUUCUUUCUAAGUCUAGAAUUUUGUUAAAUUUGUUAUUUUUGCGAUUUUUGCGAUAUAUGUCACGAGUUUUUUCAGCUCGCAAGGAAAAACCUUGUUACUUUUGCGAUUUUUGCGAUAUUUGCUGACAUUUCGGGGUUCUUCUUGCCUUCUUUUCUUUCUAAGUCUAGAAUUUUGUUAAAUUUGUUAUUUUUGCGAUUUUUGCGAUAUAUGUCACGAGUGUUUUCAGCUCGCAAGGAAAAACCUUGUUACUUUUGCGAUUUUUGCGAUAUUUGCGGACAUUUCGGGGUUCUUCUUGCCUUCUUUUCUUUCUAAGUCUAGAAUUUUGUUAUAUUUGUUAUUUUUGCGAUUUUUUGCGAUAUUUGCCGACAUUUUGGGGCCCUUCUUGGUUUCUUUGCUUUCUAAGUCUGGAAUUUUGUUAUAUUUGUUAUUUUUGCGAUUUUUGCGAUAUUUGUCAUGGGUGUCCCAAGCUAGCAAGAAAAGUCCUUGUUACUUUUGCGACUUUUGCGAUAUUUUCGGACAUUUUGGGGCCCUUCUUGAUUUCUUCCUUUGCUAAGUCUAGAAUUUUGUUACAUUUGUUAUUUUUGCGAUUUUUGCGAUAUUUGUCACCGGUAUUUUAAGCUAGCUAGAAAAAUCCUUGUUACUUUUGCGACUUUUGCGAUAUUUGCGGACAUUACGGGGCCCUUCUUGAAUUCUUCUUUUUCUAAGUCUAGAAUUUUGUUACAUUUGUUAUUUUUGCGAUUUUUUCGAUAUUUGUCAUAGGCGUUUUUAGCUAGCAAGAAAAAUCCUUGUUAUAUUUGCGAUUUUUGCGAUAUUUGCGGACAUUUCGGGGCCCUUCUUGAGUUCUUCUUUUUCUAAGUCUAGAAUUUUGUUACAUUUGUUAUUUUUGCGAUUUUUUCAAUAUUUGUCAUAGGUGAUUUUAGCUAGCAAGAAAAAUCCUUGUUAUAUUUGCGAUUUUUGCGAUAUUUGCGGACAUUUUGGGGUCCUUCUUGGCUUCUUCUUUUUCUAAGUCUAGAAUUUUGUUAAAUUUGUUAUUUUUGCGAUUUUUGCGAUAUUUGUCAUAGGUGUUUUUAGCUAGCAAAAAAAAUCCUUGUUAUAUUUGCGAUAUUUGCGGACAUUUCGGGGUCCUUCUUGGCUUCUUUUUUUUCUAAGUCUUGAUUCUUGUUAGAUUUGUUAUUCUUGCGAUUUUUGCGAUAUUUGUUAGCGAUUUUCUGACAUAAUUUUUUCUCAAUUAUUUCUUUUGCGAGAAUUGCGAAAAACAUUUGCUAGCAAAUUUUUGCUAACAAGAUCGAUCCUGGACAUAUCUCAAAUUUGUUGAAAAAAAUUAUGCAAAAUGAAAAUCGCUUGUAUCAACUUAACUACAUAGCAAGAACUAAACAGUAAUAAUUUGAGCUUAGGUACUGGCAAAUUUCACUGGCUGGAAGAGAACUUGUCCCAGGCUCAAAUUGGGCUAGAAAACAGAGAAGGUGCCAUUAACAAAAAAGCUGGCUUAAAUAAUAAAACAAACUAAACCUGUAUUCUCCCUACCACUCAUUAGCUGAUCAAAAUUAAUAAAUUUGCCUUGAGAUGUAACUCUUAGACUUGUGCAUGCAUCAUAAUUUUUGAUGUUUGCACGCUGUGCAUUAAUUAAUGAUAUUAUUCCUAUUCAAUAAUGAAAAUUCUAAAAAUGAAUACUCUCUCUUAGCCUGAGAAAGCAGCUGCCAUGUGGCGACGCUACCACUGGUUUCCUCGCGAAAUGAUGUCUGAGAAACGAGUGCAGAAAUUCCAUACUGUUGACUUGUCACUAGCCAGAUCUGGGUAGUGCUUCUGAUUGGUCAUGCCACAUGGGAAAUUUAUUUAAACCAAUCAGAAGCACUACUCAGAUCAGGGCAGUGAUGCGUCAUCAGUGUGGAAUUUCUGCGCUCGUUUCUCAGACAUCAUUUGGCGGGGAAACCAGGGGUAGCAUCGCCAAAUGUCAGCUAUUUUCUCAGGCUAACUCUAUCUAUAACAAUUUAGAUUCAGAUUCAACUCCUGAUCACUUACAGUCAUCAACUUGUCCACUGCCGUUGAGUCACUGCUCCUGUUCUGCUGGUUGCUCGACUAAACGCUGUUCCUGUGUUAGGGAAAACAUCAAGUGUCAGGACUGUAGAUGUGGUGCCCCAUGUAAAAACCCCCUGAAUAUCAUGGCGGAGUUUGGAGUGGAUGUGGACAAAGCAACAAGCGACAUCUGUCUCAUGCAGAAAUUGCCCAAGGUGUGUUCAAUGUCCGGACCCCCCUAUCAGACCGGUGAUCGUUUGUUACCACUUGUUUGACACUGAAAUUCUUGCAUUGCUAGGAUCACAUUUAUCAAGAUUCAACAGGUUGAUGCUUUUGUUGGAACAAUUUGCACCACAUUUUUUUUUGGCACAAUUAAAUUUCAGGCAUAAGUCAAAAAUGCAAUUUUGGAAGGGUGCCCUUUAAUGUCCUGCACGUUUCUGAGCUCCCAAAACUGUUAUGUCUGACCUUGGGUUCAAAGAAGGAAACUGAUAUAAACUGAUUAAAGCAUCGUUACUGUAAGGAGCCUGGGUGGAGCUGGUGGUACCAUAGUAUCGGGGAUGAAGUAAUUUGCCACAAACAACAUUUCAACAGUGUUUUCUGAAUCAAAGAUUGGACCCCCCAAUAAAAAAAAAUUCAUAGAUCUGCCUCUGCGGUGCAUCUGACUGAUCGUAUUUUAGAAAAAGAAUUAUUUUAUACAAAAGUUUUGUUGCAAAUCUCUUGGACUGUGAUUUUUGGACCACUUUAGUGCUACAUACAUGUGAUACAGAAUGUUUUAUUUCAACCUGAUUUUCUAGUUAUUGCAAUGCAUAAAUGCCACAAUAUAAGUGAUUUUUAAUCCACUAUCUCAUCAAGCAGCUGAAUUCUUUUUAGAUUUUUGAUUUGCGUGCACAUUUGCGUGAAAGAUCAGUACAAACCCCAUGCUGUGACAGUGCCAUUCCACUAAAGACCUGCUGUGGUGUUGUAGUCGAGUGUCCAGAGUGUGAGACUGAGUAUCGCUACUCCUGGUGUACAGGCAGUUUUUGUGAUGAAGAGAAUCGGCCUCGAAACCACUGUGAAGUCUGCCAAUCAUGCAGAGACUAUAGGGACCAGCAUUGCUCUGUAAGUGAUCUGUUUUGUUUUGUUUGAAUGACCAAAAGGACAGAUUUCCCUUCCUUUGAAUAUACUUCUCCUAGACAGUGACAUCCCUAUUCAAAAUAUAUUCAAAACCUAAAACCAUCAUAGGAAGUACCCCCCUCCCUCUCCCUGGAGCACAGACUACAUAAAGGUUAUCUUUUAGAUGUUCAUUGAACCUUCAAAAAUAAUCGGCAUUAUAGCCAGUUCACCCCAUUCAAGCCCAAAUGAAAGACUUAAUUCCCGGGGAGGAGGAGGAGGGUCCAUCUGGGGUAUGAAAGAGGGUAGUGUAGUUCAGUUGAGAAAUGGAAGGGGCAUUUAGGGUAAGAAUUAGGAGGAAUUCAUCUGGGGUAAAAAUAUGAAAAAAUAAUCAUAACAUUAUUUAUGUGUUUCUUUUCAGCGAUGUAACAAGUGCUACUUUGCUGGAUCCUGUGGCGAUUUCCCAUGUCCCUGUAAUGUCAAGUAUGGGAGAAACACAAUGAAGUUUCUCUAGUUAAUUUAAUCAACUAGUUUACCAUUGUAUAAUGUAGACAAUGAAGGGGAAUGACUGUUGAGUUAGUGAGCUGUUCAUGUUCAGACAGUCAUGUGACUGUGUGACUGGUUCUCAGUGGGAAGAUACAUUAUGGAGCUGUUGUUGUUAAGGAAUGUACUGUUGUUUAAAUGUUCUGUUCAACAGCGUUUUGGCCCUAAGUUGUUACAAAUGUGGAUAACACUUUCCACUGGAUAAAUCUCUCUCUAGUGGCUAAUGUAAUCGGUUUCUCUAAUACUUGACAGUUGGAUUGUGAUUUAUCCAGUGGAUAGUGCUAUCCAUCACUGGAACAUCCAGGGCCUGAUAUGUAAAAAUUCAGUCUACAUACCUACCUAUAUGCAACAUCAGUGAAUGAUUCAUAUAUGAAGUAGUAUACGUGUAGCCACACCCUCCCCCUCUCUGUUUUUCCUUUGUCGGGGGGAAGGUGCGGCUACACGUAGGCUAAAUAUGAAGGGUUUCAAGCCUAGUUGAUAUGUUUCCAAUUUUUAUCUUUUGAGGAAUGACACAGAAGCCAAAUUAAGGCUUGCAGAUACAAGAAACCUAACAUGAUUUAUUA